AUGUGUCUCGGAGGAAUCUAUCCGUCUCUUGUGAUACACGAAUCCACGAACGCUUGGAUACCCCCAGAUGUAGAUCGCCGUCAACUAUAUGGAGGGGCACGAAAGACACCCCAAUCAGUUCGUGAAAAAGCCAUCAGCAAGGGGCACUCGACCCCUGAUAUGGCUGGAGCCUUCGCUCGCUCGGUCCAAGCAGAGAGACUAGCCCUUAUCCAUUUUAGUGAUAUGUUCCCAAACCCUUCACCGAGCGAUCCAAUUAUGCGUGAAAUCGCCCGACAAGCCACCGUUGCUUGGGGAAGACGCGAUGCUAGCGCCAUCGCAGCCCAUGAUUUAUUCUGGAUCGAUAUUCCUCAAAGGCCGGUUGAACCCUCUGGGUCUCCAGAGAGCAACCAAGCACCAGUUCAAGUGGAAUUGUAUGUGAAACCCACCUUUGGGACGACCCAUUGGAACCAGACCAACCGAUGA